UCCUUCAAGUUGGACUUGAGUGGCCAAGUGAAUUAUGCGUUUCUAAGAUCACGCUUUCAUUCGGUUGAAAUUUUCUGGUAGCAAAAAUGAGGGGAACCAGAAAAUCUACGCUUAUGACUCCCGAUCCCUAUCACAUCCCGGGGUAUUGUGGUUACUGUCCACAAUUCAAGUACCAAAUUGGCGAUACAUUCGGCAGAACUACCUCGCAACUUUUGACGACAUCUUCCGUGGCGAGUUCUGGCAAGCCGGUGUUAUCCGACAUCACUCCGCAGCCUCGACCACCGAGAGAUGGUAGACGAGCUCUGAUAGCCACGCGAAGUUUGAAUCUUGGCGAUCAAAAACUGUGCGACGAGAUGGUUCCGAAUUACACGGGUUACAUACCCAAAGGAGAACAUUACUUUGGAAAGCCGUACGCAGACACCUGCCUUAGCGCCAUUGCCAGCUUCCAAGAAGAUCAAGUCAAACACCAUCGGAAAAUCCGCGAUCUUAGAACCAUCGCAGAGCUACAAAGAGGCAAAGAAGUCCCGCAGGAACUUCUUUCCGAUAAAACUCUGAUCAGUACUAAGUACAAGACUCCACUAAAGUCAAUCACAGUGAGGCCAAAAGCCUACUUCUCACCCCAAGCGCUACAGCACUCGCUUUCUCCCUUCAUCAUGAGUAACGACGACCCGAAGAAAUUCCUCAUGUCGGGAUACACCGGAUUUGUCCCGCGGGCUAGGGGUGAAAUGGGCGUGGGAUACCCACUGUUGACGAAUAAAGCGCUAUGUGAGUUCACCAAUGAAAGCGAGCGGCUGAAGCGUGUUAAGGAUCUGCCCGUGACAGUUGUCCGUCCUGAGAUUAAAAUAGUCGACACCAAGCCGAUUUACGUGAAGGAUUCGGGUCAGGUUCCGCACUACACUGGACACGUGCCAGGUGAGAAGUUCCGAUAUGGAAUGACAUUUGGAUACAGUACUAUGAAUGCAGCACCAAAAAAGGCCCUUACAGUGUGAGGACAAUUUUAAGAUGAGCCUGCACUACCGAAACAGUAUGUGUAACGAAGAAAAUUUUAAAGCAUCAUCAUCCGAAUGACAGGAUAUAUCCUACAAGCAUCUGUACAUGUAUAGAGCAAAGCAUUUAUUUUGUAAUCAUGAAGACCAUCAUUAUUCAGAUAUUCUGUUAAUUUUGGUUAAGGUUGAAUAAAAAAAAUCUGCUAGUAAACGA